UAUAAAAGUGCACAAUUUAUCCAUAAUAUUUCUACAUCUAUUUUAAACAACAGCCAUAUACUCGUAAAGAGGAUCUGACGAGCUCAGGGGUAAGAGACGGAAAUUUUGCUGUCAGAUAAUAAUAGCAAUUUCACCCAACCUCCUCGUUAGACAGGCACAAUAAUGCCUACCACAAUCUUCCCAACAUGGCCACACAUCCUCUUCGCCGUCAUCGAACCUCUCACUUUGAUCGGCGGCUGGCUUUGCCCAGUUCUGGACCUCCAAAGGUUCAUCACCGAUCAAAUUCCAACGGCAUCCACAUCCACCAAAGCGGAGGAUGUGCACAUCCACCCAACUUCCUUCGCUCUAGCCUAUCAACUGGCGAACCUGUACGGCCUCCUAGCUAUUCUCGGCACUGGGGUGGUGCACGCCACGUCCGAGCCCAAGGUGUUGCUCAAUUACCUGAUCGCCCUGGCUGUCGCUGAUGUAGGCCAUAUAUAUGUCACCUACCUGGCCAUCGGGUGGGACGUGUUUAUCGAUGUCAAAGGCUGGAAUAUCCUUACCUGGGGAAACAUUGGUGUUACCGGGUUUUUGUUUGUCAAUCGCUUGUUGUACUUCGCUGGUGCCUUUGGCUAUGCGCAAAGUGGUGCUGACGAGGAGGAGAGCAAGAAGAGGGUUUGAGGGCACCAAUUGUUCUUCGUGAGCGCCUGGUAUACAGGAAAACGUUCCCCGUUUUUAAAAGAGAGAUAUGCCCAAAAGAUUCCCACGCCCUCACCCAGGCAGGAUCACCCACGCCCGAUUAUAUAUGAGCCAGAAAAUUACCACGUUGUGCACAGCCGCCUGACUCGUAUCCAUUUCGCAUUCUCAUAAUACCUCGUUGCCAGUUACUACCGCAUCGCCGCUUUUUCGGUACUCGCUCAGAUGGGGGAUUAGAAAAGGAAUUCCAGGGACUGAGUUGAAUUGCUGGCGGUAUGCGGCAUAGUUCUGGGCGGGGUCAAUGAGGUACUGAAAUUCGGGAUCAAACACUGGGUUCGUAGCCAAGGCAGUGGUUCCGUUGUCUGUGCGCACGAUUGCUGACUCCGAGAUGCUGUAUCUGUGUAGCCCGCUCAGAAUGGCUGUCAAC